AUGACAGCCUCUCUAUUGACAGUCCGCAGGGGUGUUACGGCCCUCAGCGGCUGCAGCUCCGCAUGGAGACAUCUCAUUCCCUCUCAGAGAUGUUUCAGUUCGAUGAUUGGAAGCCGAAGUGAUGGAUUGCCGGGAAUUGAUUUCUCAAAGCUAUCUAUUACGAAAACAACGAACCCUAAGGAACUGCUACCCCCCGAAAAGCUGGUUUUUGGAUCGUCAUUUACAGGCAAGUGGUUCGCAGCCAACCAUAUGCUUGUGGUGAAAUGGAACACAAAGGAUGGCUGGCUUGCCCCAAGCAUUAUCCCAUACCAGAACCUAAGUCUGAGUCCGGCCACCUCUGUUUUCCAUUAUGCGUUUGAGUGUUUUGAAGGAAUGAAGGCAUACAAAGACAAGGCUGGCGGUAUCCGGUUAUUCAGGCCGGACAAAAAUAUGGAACGGUUAAACAAGUCGUCGAAGCGUAUUGCGCUUCCAACUGUUGAUGGCGAUGUGGUCAUCAAGCUGAUCAGCGAACUGGUUAAACUAGACAGCAGAUUUAUUCCUCAAGCUCGUGGUUACUCGUUGUACCUGAGACCCACAAUGAUCGGGACCCAGGAGUCGCUAGGUGUCACUGCUCCAAACUCUGCCAUGUUCUUUGUCAUUGCGAGCCCUGUUGGCCCCUAUUUCCCGACAGGAUUCAAAGCAAUUUCCCUUGAAGCAACAAAUUAUGCGGUUCGCGCAUGGCCCGGUGGGGUUGGUGACAAGAAGCUGGGCGCGAACUAUGCCCCGUGCAUUGUUCCGCAACUGGAAGCUUCCAAAAAAGGCUUUCAGCAGAUUCUAUGGCUAUUUGGAGAAGAGUAUAUCACCGAAGUUGGGGCUAUGAAUCUUUUCGUCGCGAUGAAGAACAAAGAAACCGGGCAGAAUGAGCUCGUAACAGCUCCCCUGGAUGGCACCAUCUUGGAAGGCGUUACGAGAGAUUCCGUUCUCACUCUUGCCCGGGAAAGACUGGUCCCCAGAGGUUGGAUGGUAUCGGAGCGUAAGUUGAAAAUGUCGGAAAUUGCCCAAGCCUCUAAUGAGGGCAGAAUGAUCGAGGUUUUUGGAGCGGGCACUGCAGCCAUUGUUAGUCCAGUUCGCACGAUUAGCUGGAAAGGACAGAUGGUAGAUUGUGGCCUGAAACAAAACGAAGAAGCAGGAAAAGUGGCCCUUGAAAUGAAGAAUUGGAUAGAACGGAUUCAGUAUGGAGACGACGAACAUAGCUGGAGGUAA